GCCGUUUCUGACGAUUCCCUCGGAGUGAAUCCCACGCUCAAGUCAUGAGACCUCAAGCACUUAUACACAUGUCAAGCACAUAAAAAGCAAGUAGCGAGAAAGGUCAAUACGAUAUCAUUUUUCUUAAGCGAUAUGAUAGCAAUCCUAGUAAUUAUUACAUAGUCGCAUUUUUUCACGUUGAGUUAUUACGCUUCGACCUGCAGGAAUAACCUCAGAGUUCAUGUAUCGAUCACACCGAAAUCAUAACUAUCCCUUGUGGCACAUUACUGGUAUUCAUGACACCUACGAGUUACCUAUUCAAGCAGAGCAAGGGAUAUAUAAGCAAACAGUGUAAUACUGUGCUAUUAACACAUAGAUCAUCCUAUCCUCUCUUAAGCGUCACAAUAUGUGAAUUCUUUUCACAGACCUUGCAGGUAAUUUGGUUUAUAUAACCUAGUAACGCCAUCAUAGUCGACUACUCUCCUCGCCAACAUCACUUCUAUCACUUAUAUUGAUUUAUCAAAGUGACACUCAAUUAUUUCGAGACAGCCAUUCAGUCUUCCUUGCCGGAUUCCCUCACAAUGUCAGAAUCCAGUGCUACCCUAAUUUCUUCACGUCAACCCGAGCAUCCACAGUGUAUCCCCAGUUGCUCCGAUGUCAAGGCUGUAAAGGCGAUCAUCGAAAUACUCCUUGAGCGGAAAGUUACAUACGAUGAUGACGAUCCUUGCCUUGAAGACCUUCCACAGUCUAAAUUGCAACGAGGCCAAUGCGAGUUCCAAGUCACAGAUUCGAUUUGGGAUCUCUUCGUUCAACUCUUAAAGCUUCGCCCCUGGAUUGAUCAUGUACCCCAGUUAUGUAAUCUCCCGGAUGAUCUGGCUCUAUUCAAAGACCAGAUGGUCGACCUGAAUUACUGGUUGGAGUUCUCCUGUUUCCUGGAAUUCAACCUUGAUCGACACUGGCUCGGCAUACACAUAAUUGACCAUUCCGGUUUCAACGGAACGCUGGAACAUUUAUUGGCGGAGUACAUUGUCACAAAGAUGGAACGCUUUUUCGAUGAGAGUACGAUGGCUUUUAUUAUAAGGACAGAGGAAGCAGGCCCCAUGAUGUCCGCCACAAAGUAUCUUUACCCAGGAACUCCCGUAUAUUGCGAUCUCCUACUUGAUCAGCAUAUGAGACAGCCUCCCCUUGUCAUGAUUGAGGUCGGGUUCUCCAUUCCCGUCAAGCCAGAAAGAGUUCAGGACUGUGUAAGUAUAACGGAAGGCCGCACCCAGUUUAUUCUAUGCUUGAACAUAGAGUAUGUGCCUCCAACUAGACGAAAGUUCAAAUCACCCUCGAAUCCCCCCAAAUCUAUCCAUUUACAGAUUUGGAGUUCACGAUUCGAUGAUAGUCUGGACGAAUGGAAAGCCUAUUUGGUAGCAGACAUCACGGAUCUCCGCACCAAGGUUGAUUGCGAUCCAGACGCCGGAUUCGAUUUGAGCCCCGAGAUUGCAGCUAGGCACUUUGACGACCAUGUACCCGCGCCGAAGAUGCCUAUCUUCAUUUCGUACAAGUUCUUGCUAUGCUUUAUCAGCAAGGCAUGGGUAGAAACAUGUUGCGGUUACGUGUCUGAGGAGGAAUGCGAAGAGAAGACUCGGAAACGAUCCUUCUCGCUUGUUAGAGCAGAAGAGUUCAAUAAGAAACGGAGGAGAUGCGAUGACAAUGAUGAUGAAGGUCUGCCAAACUGAUGAGUAUUCCUGUUUGUUUCGAGGGGGGUAUAGCAAGGCCGAACUGUAACACUCAAGACCUUGAUGGAAGGCUUCUCGCCUAGUUUUCUAUAUUCACGGGACGUUGUUUCAUACCUACGUAUCAUUACGAUCAACAGGUAAUACAUCAAAACAUUCGUUGCAAUCAUGUUUCAGGGCAAAGCAUCAACUUUCAUUAUUUAUCUCGUGUCAGAGAAAUGUUUCCCGUUGCUGUAAACAAACAGAAAAUCAUCCUAGACCGAAGCACCUAUCAAUGAAACAAUA